UACCUUGUCAUCUUUUAACCUCUCCUCUUUUUCAGCUUGGCCAGCGAUUGACUGUUGACCGUUGGCUAUUAACUGCUAACCAUUGACCGUUGACAAUUGACCGUUGACCAUUGACCGUUGAAUUUUCGCUCGUUCACUCUCACCUUCCUUCUCUGUACCACAUUCUCUUCUUUCAUCUCACACUCCUUCACUUCUCUCACCUCCACCUGCAUCCAAAGUCAACUUAGUCAUCCUAUAAUCUUGUUGAAACGACCCUUUCCUUUCUGUCACAUACACACUCAUCCUCACCUUGUCUUCUCACCAUCACCCUUUUCCCCUAACCUCUUUUAUCCCUGUCAUAUCCUUAAUUCGUAAAUCUCUGCUCUAUAUACCCGACUUUCAUUUCAUCUUACGUAACCAUGUCUCGGCUUGUGACUAAGGUCACACAUAAUAACCCUGGCUCUGGGGUUCAUGGCUACAGCUGAGGCAAUAGGCUCAGCAACCAAUUAUAAUGGAUCUAUAUGCAGGAACUAUGUAGAUUACCAAGUUUGGUUGGCACCGGGCCUCGAUGUUGCGACCAUCGAGGCGGGUCUUACUCAAAGAGGAAUAGAUAGAGUAACGAUGCUUCCUGCUAGCUGUGCAGAUCCAUUCAUGGAAUACGUAUGUUCUACCUCUUUUCCAAGAGUAGAAGCAACCAAUGUUCCCAGCAACUUCAAUGUCAGAUUUGCAUGCAAGUCAACGUGCCAGGCAGCUGUAACUGGAUGUUCAGGAUUGCUGACAGCUGCUGGCAAAGCUGACCAAGUUCCCAAUUGCGAUGUACCCAUUCCAGGAACAACACAGUUUUUGCCUCAAGGAGUUUUCUUCCAACCUGAUGGCGAAUGCAACGUAGUUAAACCACUGAACGGCGGCAAUCCACCAGGAGGUGGAACAGGAGGUGGCAAUAACCACAAUAACCAAACUAUGACUUGUGUAGCGCCCUUUAUUGCUGAUACAAUGGAAGGGCCUGGCGGGACCACGACCAACGAACAAUACUGUAAGAUGGGAUGCUGUCUUCCUUGCCCAGCUCAAUACUCACUUUACCGUACAGGCGCAUUGGAAACAGGGUUCAAGAUUACAAACACAAUGCGUGCAGUGUCGAUGGUCCUCAGCUUUAUUCUGAUGAUCUCCUAUCUUUUCUUGCCGGACAAGCGCUCGCACCCAAGAGGUAUGCUUAUUUUUGCUUCAGUCGCGACCUGUGCAUGGUGCUCUGCGUUGAUUCUCAAUCUGCAUUUGCACACUGUCUGGAAUUCAGCCUGGUUUGCCCGCAAAAAAUCGUCUGAGAUCUUUUUCUAUCCGAUGGCUGCUAUGAUUUUCCCAGCCUUCUUGGUUCAUGUGGCCACAUUCAUUCACAUCGCACGUAUUUCUGCUCAAGCAGGUGUUGAUUCUGAGACGGUUUCGCGAUCAACCUUGUCUGCUGGUGCAGCAGCGAUGAUCUCACACCGUCGCCAUGUGAUGAUGGCGAUCCGAAUCCAAUGGCGAGCUGCAGUGAUGGCGAUCUUUGCGAUCCUGAGUGUGAUGUUCUAUUGGCUGUUUUAUUUCUUGCAACUGUCCAAGAUCAAGCCAGAGACAUUGCUCCCUCAUAUUGCAGAGUUUAUGACCUGUUUGAUGAAGCCGGGAGCAACACAUGAUGGGUGCGUAGAGGGAAUGGCGCCACACUGCCUCCGUACGGAUUGA